GCGCUCCGGCCCCGUGUCCAGCAUCAGGCAGGCUUCGGGGCUCCGGGCUCGGGGCUUGGCCCUCAGUGAGGCCAGUAGCCCGACUGGGUGCCCGCACCGGAGGACGCCUGCGAAGGCUCCCGCGAGUCUUUGGCCCUGGAAGUCAGUGCAUGUGCCGGGCUGAACACGGCAGCAGCCACAAGCUCCAGGCGCCCCGGCCCCACGCUCUCUGAAUACCAAGCUGCAGGCGAGCUGCCCGGGGCUUUUUGCUUUCUUGCUUUUCUCCUCUCCUCCAAUUCAGAGUGGACAAUCCACACUGAUCUGUGUUCAGGGGAGGGGAGAGACAGGGCCUGGGGUCCCAAGUCGCACACAAGUCUUCGCUGCCAUGGGGGCUGUCAUGGGCACCUUCUCAUCCCUGCAGACCAAACAAAGGCGACCCUCUAAAGACAUCGCCUGGUGGUAUUACCAGUAUCAGAGAGACAAGAUCGAGGAUGAACUAGAGAUGACCAUGGUUUGCCACCGGCCUGAGGGACUGGAGCAGCUCGAGGCCCAGACGAACUUCACCAAGAGAGAACUGCAAGUCCUGUACCGGGGAUUCAAAAAUGAAUGUCCCAGUGGUGUGGUCAAUGAGGAGACAUUCAAGCAGAUCUACGCUCAGUUUUUCCCCCAUGGAGAUGCCAGCACAUAUGCCCAUUACCUCUUCAAUGCCUUUGACACCACCCAGACAGGCUCCGUGAAGUUUGAGGACUUUGUGACUGCUCUGUCGAUUUUACUGAGAGGGACAGUCCAUGAAAAACUAAGGUGGACGUUUAAUUUGUAUGACAUCAAUAAAGACGGCUACAUAAACAAAGAGGAGAUGAUGGACAUAGUCAAAGCUAUCUACGACAUGAUGGGGAAAUACACCUACCCUGUGCUCAAAGAGGACACGCCCAGGCAGCACGUGGACGUCUUCUUCCAGAAAAUGGAUAAAAAUAAAGACGGCAUCGUAACUUUAGAAGAAUUUCUUGAAUCCUGUCAGGAGGAUGACAACAUCAUGAGAUCACUACAGCUGUUCCAAAAUGUUAUGUAACAAAGGACACUGGCCCUCCUGCUCUCAGAGACACUGAACAAACACCUUAACGUCCUGAUCUGCCCUUGUUCUGGUUUUUCACACCGACUCUCGGGACAGAGAUACCUUUUACACUUUGGAAGAAUUCUCUGCUGAAGAUUUUCCUUUUCCACGAAAUCUGGCACCCUGUGGCUUCGCCUCUGAUUGUCAACAUUUCCUGUCACUCCUCUUGAGAGAGGCGAGCUGGGAUCUGAGUUUGUUUUGGAAGCAUGCCUAUCUCUUCGUGCUGCUGCCCUGCGGAAGGCCCCUCUGCUUGAGCUUAAACCAUAGUGCACAAUCUUAUGCUUACAUGCCCCCAACUCACUGCCUCCAAGCCAGGCGGAGCCUGAUGGAUCUGCCAGCCAGAGGGCCUGAGCCAAACACACACCCUCCUCUGAUGGCCUCCCAAGCCAAUGUGCCUGUGUCCCUUCCUCUAGUGGGAAGAAAGAGCAUCACACAGAACAAUUAAGAAUUUAUCAUGACAGGAUCGGGAGAGGCAAGCACAUAACACUCGUAGAAUAGGACUGGAUUAUCAAGCAUGGUGUUAUCAGAUGACCCAAACUGUUUCCAGUGGUAGGGACUAAUAAUUCUCCCACACUAGCAUCUGUGCUCAUAGAGCAAGUCUCUCAACACUCCCCAGGGGGAGAGUCAUUGCCCAAGGUCUGUCCCUCUUCUCCAUUCCCAGCUCAAGCGCAACACUGCAUGUCCCUCCCAGAAGGUCCAGAAUGCCUGCAAAAUGCUGUACUUUUAUACCCUGUUCUAAUCAAUAAACAGAACUAUUUCAUACACUCUCAACCACUUCU